GUCUGGAGCUUCCGCGCCACGGCAUUUGUGCCAGGAGAAGCGCGGCAUGGUUGGAGGUGCCGUCAGCUCUGCGGCGCCUCCUUGAUCUCUGCGGCCUACAGCCGCCGGGCCCGCCGAAAGGCGACGACGGUUCCCAGGAAGGAGACGGCCACCUGGCCCAGCACGGACAGCUGCGAGGUGGACUUUGAGGUUCGGCAAAUCCCGGACGUGGAUCAGACCGCUGUGGCCCUGAUCCUGAAUCGCAACGCCAAGGGCGUGACCCGGGCGGUGGAGAAGCGUCUCACCGGCAUCGUGGGGCCCGAGCGCACCUUCGUGUGCUGCUGUGAGGAAGAUGCCGAGGUGGCACUGAGGGAGAUGAUGGCGGACGAGAAGUGCAAGGUGGUGGUGUGUGGCGGUGGCGAUGGCACCGUUGCAAGCUUGCUCAACCUCAUGGCCGGUUUGCGGCGUGAGGAUCCGACCGUCCAUGCGCCCACCCUUUGUGUACUCCGUUUGGGCACGGGCAAUGCGUUGGCCUAUGUCACAGGCGCCAAGAAGAACUUCCGCGACGAUUUGGCGCGCCUCGUGGCAGACCUCCUCGCGCGACCGCAGAAUGUGCCGGAGAUCCCUGCGGGUACGCUCACGCUGAAGGCGGAGGGCUUGCCGAAGAGCGCGCCGGAGCACACGGAUUGCUUCUUUGCUGGCUUAGGCUAUGAUGCUCGCAUUCUGCAGGAUUACAUGUGGCUUCGCGACAAGACCAAGGACAGCCGCUUUUUGAAAUGGCUGCUGCACAAUCCCCUGGGCUAUCUUGUGGCGCUUGUGACCCGCACGCUGCCAGUCACCAUGCGCGGCCAACAUGUGUUCCACGUGAAGGUCACGAACACGGCGGCAGCAGCCUACCGCAUGGACGCGCGCCGUGGCGACUGGGCCAUCGAGUACGGUAAGGACAAGGUGAUCUAUGAGGGUGAUGUCGGCAUCGUCUCAAUAGGCACCGUGCCCUUCUACGGAGGAGGCUUCCGGCUCUUCCCUUUCGCUGGGGUACGUCCCGGAUAUGCUCACCUCCGCCUGUCGAGCAUUCACCCCGCCGUGGCGACCUUCAACAUUCGAAAGCUGUGGAACGGCUCCUACCGCAAUCACAAGAGCGUACACGAUUUCCUGGUGAAGGACGUCAUGAUUGAGGUUGACCGACCCACGCCCCUGCACCACAGCGGGGACUUCAUGGGCACUGCGAGCAAGGUCCGGAUCCAGGUCAAUCACGAUGGUCAGACUCGACUAGUGGACUUCUUUGGGGACUGA